AUGGACGUUUUCAAGCUUUUGUCAACACACCUCACUUUUAUUUCAAUUGCUUGUGCUUUCCAUCAUAGUUUAUCAGCAGCGGAAAAGUUGGAAAAGUGGCAGAACUUUGUUCGCAUGACUGAAUCAGACAGGAACGGAGAACUUAAUGUCAAACAUUCUGCUAUGUAUGGAGGCAUCAAUAACAUCAGACAGAAACGCUCGGAGAGAGGAACGGAAUCGACAUCUGAACAAGAAUGUCCAAAAGGUAGACCGUCUACUAGUGUGGACGAGUUUAUAGCAUGUCCGAUGUCCUUCUGUCAACACACCAGCUACAGGUGUGCCAUACGAUGUCUAGGACAGGAAUCUGGUGACAACUGUGAACUAUACAACUGUACAUGGCACCACCACUGUCCAUAUCCUAGUCGUGGUGGUAAAUACACUAUUCCUAUAGAGAAAGUUUGUGACGGUGUAGCCCAGUGUACCAAUUCUGAUGACGAGUCCUUCUGUGCCAAGCCAUGCCCACAAAAAUGCAUGUGUACUGGUUUAAUUAUCAGCUUCAUCUCUACUCCACUCAGUACUUUACGUUCUCCUUUUAAGAAAAUCUCCUUUUUCAUUAACAAGAUCGAUCCACCUUUAAAACUUUAUGUCAACUUUUCAGACUUUUCAUAUCUUGCUAUAAGAGGCAUGCAUGCAAUACCAGAUAAUUUCACCAGAGGCGUCUAUCUCUACAUAAAAAUCGGAUGA